AUGGCGAGUUCUAGUUCCAAGGCAAGUUCAUCAACUGGUGAGGGGACCCCAAUUGCAACAGAACAAGAACCAGUAUCGGCACCAGUAUGCUUGAUUGUGCUAGGCAUGGCUGGCUCUGGGAAGACUACUUUCGUUCAGAAGCUUAAUCAGCUUUCUUUUGAUCAUUUCAAACCGUAUGUGAUAAAUCUUGAUCCGGCGUGUCGUGAAACUCCGUAUCAUGCCAACAUUGACAUCAGAGACACUGUGAACUACAAAGAAGUUAUGAAACAGUAUAAACUUGGCCCGAAUGGUGGAAUUGUCACCUCGUUGAAUUUGUUUGCCACUAAAUUUGAAAAGGUGGUCGAGUUAGUAAGGCGUGCUGGACAACAGGGACACAAAUGGUGUAUUAUUGAUACACCUGGACAAAUUGAGGUAUUCACAUGGUCCGCUUCCGGUACGAUAAUCACUGAGGCAUUGGCAACCAUGUUUCCAACAGUUGUAGUCUAUGUGAUGGAUGUAGUGCGUUCCAUAAGUCCGACCACAUUCAUGUCGAAUAUGCUGUAUGCCUGCUCUAUAUUGUAUAAAGCGCGUUUACCCUUCAUAGUGGCACUCAACAAGAUAGAUGUGCAGGACCAUGAUUUUGCUGUCGAGUGGAUGAACGAUUUUGAGGCUUUCCAGGAGGCACUAGAGAAAGAACAAAAUUAUAUCAGUAAUUUGACAAGAACGAUGUCUCUUACACUCGAUGAGUUCUAUCGCAAUCUGCGGACGUGUGGGGUAUCUUCAAAAACUGGCAUUGGCUUUGACCGAUUUUAUGAUUUAGUGGCCGAUUGUGCGAAAGAAUAUGAACGGGAUUACAAAACAGAAUAUAUGAAAUUACGAGAGGCCAAACUAACUGAAGAGGCGAAAAUGAAGGAAAGUAAAUUAGCUGCGAUUGUAAAGAGCAAAGGUGAAGGAAGCGAGGUACCUUUGGGUGGUUUUGUAGAAGAGGUCGCUCUUGGGCGAGAAUUGUCCGAUAUUUACCUGAAACACCCUGGAAAUGAGAGUUCUGAGGACGAAGAAGGGCGGGAAGAAGAAGCGCCUACCUUUAAUGAAGAUCAUGUGGAGGAACAAAACUUCAACCAGUUCGUGAAACAGCAUACGGAUGCUCAAAGGGAAAAAAUAAACAAGCCUGACAUGUGAAGAAGAACGCCUGUUUCCGACGAAAUACUGCAAUUAUCGAACGGCGUUUUCGGAAGUCGAUUUCCCAACAAUAAUUUUACAUUAUUUGUAUUCAUGUAUAUAUACUUUAUUAAUGAGUUAAGUUGAGAAGAUUUUUGGGCGCAAAAGCUAAGUUGUGUUAGUAUUAGGCGUUACAAUUUGCCGGCUUAGAAGAUAAUUGCAAUGUACGCUCUCAUAUAGAUAUGCAGGCUUAUAUUUGUGUUUAUGUAAUCAUUAUUAGUUAUGAAUUUGUAGUAACUUGUAAAUUUAUAUAUAAAUAUGUGUCCUCCUCAGGAUUGUAUCAUAAAAUAAAAAUUUUGUGAUGACU